AUGGCCGGGGUGCAGAGCAACAUUCGGUCCUUCAUUGCGCCGAUCAAAGGAUCUGGUCGAACCGCCCCGGCAUUGCUCGAGGAUUUAACACUCUACGAACCAUGGCGAGACUCCGAAGACCUUCCGAACCUGCUGGCUGAUUCGCCUCUCAAGUUCAGUCAAGCACCCUAUCUGGCAGACUUCCUACCUCUCGAGAGCUGCAGGCAUAAAUUUGGUUUGAAGCCGAGACAAUCUGAUCCCCCCGCAUUGGAUGAGAAACCCGGUCCGCAGACAAUAUGGACUGUCGCAGCAUUCUGUCAGGUUUGCCGCGUCCAUCUUCACGUCAAGGUCGAUUACACCAUCAGAUUCGAUGAUGGCCCCUGCCCAACUGUCGAGCAUCCUCUGCAUCACCUGGUGAGGUCAGACUUUCAAGAGCCGUUGGAGAGGAAUGCGUGGCUGCGCAAGAACCCGAACUCUCAAGAUGAGAUAUACACCUACAAAUGCUCUUCUCCUACCUGUUCCGCCAUCGUUACCGUACGAUAUAGCCCCCCGGUCCUGCGCCCCAGCGACAUCCACACGCUGAUCGAUCCUGCGCUGCUUCGCCAGAGAACAGAAGAUGCUUUCCGCGAGCGGGAAGGCCAUACGGAGGGGAUGCGACACCCAGGGCCAAUGGAUGUCCUGUUGGAUCUUCGAGCAUAUCUGAGAAACUCCUGGCGUGCAAGAGACGAUGCAAAGUACAGGUCAAUCAAUCUCUCAAACCGGAGAUUUAUUGUCCGAUUUGGACCAGAGGGAAAUGCUUGCAAGGAGGUCCUGGAGCAUCUCGGCUUCCAGCUUGUGCCUGGGGAUUGCUGGAUGGUGCCAGAACCCAAUUUCGAAGAAAAUCUACCAUACCAGAGUCCCGUCAAUAUCUGGCUAGACAAUGCCGAGCACGAGUUAACUGCUCUCCUUCUAUCGCGUCCCUACGAAGAGCGGCAGCAAUUGCAAGAUGUCACCCCUCCUCUUCCUGCUGAAAGGGAGCUUUCACGGGCCCUAGGGUGUCAGGACUGUGCCAGAACUACUAGGAUCUCUCCUGAGAUGAGAACUCCUCCUUUCACUGCGCUCGGUUGCCCUAUGGAUUUGUCGGACCAACUCGUCGCCAAAGCCUACCACUGGCAAGUGCAAGCAGAUCGCCAAAAUUCACACGUCUACCUCAGUAACCUCAAGUACAUUGGAAAUCAGCGCCAGAGUGAGCUUUUACAGACCGAAGUUGUAUUAGAGACAUCACGGGGCCAGUAUGAUGCGGAGAUGUUGGAAGAAGCAUACAAAGCCUUCCAUCUCAGCGGAUCUGGCGGUUCGGUCAGUGAUGAACACAUUAUCGGCUCAUUCACAGCUCAACUGGCAGAUUCACCAAGCCACGAACACCAACUCAGAGAUUAUCUCCGCAUCAUCGGAGUUCAUCGUGACAGUAAACGCAUCAUGGACACUGCAAUGAAUAUUAUUGACAGCUACGAGUCUGCGCUCGCCUUCCUAGAUGCCGAUCCCACCAUCGAAGACGAGCACAUACAAGCUCUGUUUGCCGUCAAGACAAAUGACAACAAGGCUUUAGAAGAGCAAGCCAUCCAAGCCGUUCGCGUAAUUGCCCAACACCGCAAAAGCCGGUUUCUAUCCAAGUGGAUCGAUUCAGGAUUUUCAAACGACACUCACAACCAAAUGGAGCCCGCCGAAGGUUACCAAGCCCUCCAGAUCGACAAUCGCGAGAUCGAUGAUGAGAUGAUCCUGUAUCAAUAUAAUAUAGCGGUCGAAGAAAAUCCUGGCAGUGUGGAAUACUACAACAGGGCGCUCGCCGCGAUCGCCAAAGGUCGGAACAGCUCAAUCUUGUUGGACCACCUACACAGCAGGGCUCCGCAAGAACCGCAGGGCAAGCCAGAAGAACCUGUUGGACUGGAAAAUAUUGGGAACACCUGCUAUUUGAACAGCUUGUUGCAGUUCCUGUUUACGAUGAACGAGGUGCGACAGUUGGUUCUCAACUUUGAUGAUUACAAGAUGCCCUUGGAUGAGAAGAGCAUGGAGCAAAAGCGCGUUGGCCAGCGAAAAGUGAGCGUCAAGGAGGUCCAAACUGCACAGAAAUUUGUCGCCAGCCUAGCGUCUCUGUUCCGUGGCAUGAUACAAACACCCCGUUCAUCCAUCAAGCCGGAGCAGGAGCUUGCGCGAUUGACUCUGGAGACCGAAAGUGUCAAAGAAAAGAUGCGACGAAGGUCCACCCUCAAGUCGAACGAGCGCCCCAGCUUAGGCUCGAUCGGUACGCUGCCCGUUUCGGUUUCGUCUCCUGAUGUUGACGCUUCGAAGUUGGAUGCGACAGAGGACACAAGUCCUGGCCAGCAAAACGUCGAUGACCCCGCAACGAAUGACAGUGCCAGUGAUGUCACCCUGGUGUCCGCUUCUGACAGCGACGGGAAUGCGUUGGUGGAACGAAACGAACAUGUGUCAAUGCUAGACAACAAGGAGAACGUGUCACCGCCUAAGCCUGCACCAAACACGGUAGCCCUAUCUCCUUGGACUGGGCAGCCUCUCACGACAGUAAUAUCGAGAGAUACCGAUGAGAAAGUGUCCAGCAUAAAUCCCGAAUUGUUGAAGUAUGCGCCACCUCCUGGGAAGCCACCGCCGGUACCUCCACGGAAACCCAUGCAGAAUACCACUACCACCUUGGAAGAGUAUGCGCGUCAACAAGAUGUCACUGAGGUCAUGAAUCACUGUAUCAUUCAGUUGUCUUAUGCCAUGCGACCUACCGGUUUCGACAAGUCGGGAGAGCAACGCGACGAAGUACAUGAUUUAUUCUUCGGGCAGCAGGUUGUCCACAGCCAACCGGAAAAAGAAGCACCAAUGGUCUUACCUUUUUUGAAUAUCAUCACGCGAGUGUUCCACCGACCUGCUGAUGUAUACGCUGCGAUCGACAAUGAGUUCGAUCUCCAAGACGCACAAGACGGCGCAAAGGCGUAUUCGGCCAUCUCCAGUCUGCCGCCGGUUUUGAGCAUUGCCUUGGACCGGGUGUCUUGGAAUAACGAGACGAAACGUCAGGAGAAACUGAAUUAUCAUGUCGACAUCCCCGAAACCAUCUACAUGGAUAGAUACUUGGAAAGUUCACCUGGCUCUGAUUUGAUGCAAAGGCGACAGCAGACGUGGGAGAUUAAGAGAGAAUUAGCAUUACUCGUCGCCCGGAGAGAUGAGCUUGAGGAAAAAUAUGGCAAAUCUACAGAUGUCCCUAGCCUUCUCGAAGACGCAAAAGCCAUCCUGGAGUAUCUGGCUGAAGUACCUGGAGAUCAGGUAUCAGGCGAACUCGAUGUGAAUCCCAACGCCAUCACUACUCUCGGUAUUUUAGCCGCAAAUGCUCGUUCUGAGCUCGAACAAAUUCGCUCUCGCAUAUCUCAACUCUCUCAACAAAUCAAAGAAUCCUUCGUUGACAUGCGCAAACACCCUUACCGCCUGCACGCAGCGUUCUUCCACCGCGGUUCCGCUGGCGGAGGCCACUACUGGGUAUACAUAUUCGACCACAAGAGAGAGGUGUGGCGGAAAUACAAUGACGAUCGUGUCUCUACCGUCACCAAUCUGAACGAGAUUUUUGGAAAUCCAUACGCACAAACCCAAGUCCAAGGUCAACAACAGCCAGCCACCAGCAGUGGCCUGAACCCGCCUCCGAAUCCGUACCUUUUGAUCUAUCUGGACGCAGACCGGAUUGACGAGCUAGCGGAGACAGUCAAGCGAGAGAUUGCGUAUCCGCCUCCCGACGACCCUCCCCCACUCUCGUAUCAGAGAGACAACCAGCCUCAAAGCCAGAUGACAGCCAUGCCACCCACCCAAAGAUUAGACAAUGGCGGAGACGUGACUAUGCUGGAGUAUGCCAAUGGUGGUGAGCAGGCCCAACCCUCACGACCGGAGCCUUCCGCCACCCGCGACGCCUCCCGGCCAAAGGGCCCGAGCGUGCGGAAGGAAGGAAGUUGGGACAACAGCCAGCUGAUGAUGACGGACAGGAAGAUUGACUGGUAA